CAUAACACUACACCUUAAAACUAAACACGCAAUUGAUGCCUUGUUCAUUGUUUUUCAUAAUAUAUUUCUAAUACAAAAAAAAUGAAAGGAGUGACAUUUUAUAGUUUCUGUUACCAUAAUUACUACAUCGUGUGUCUAAUGGUGAUCAUAUUGGUGAACGAAUCUCAUCAACAUUUACAUGGAAUCUCCACCCAAAUAGCUAACACCAUAACCGUCGAUCUUAACGGCGAGGGAAACUACAAAACGGUUCAAAGUGCGAUCGAUUCAAUCCCUCUUCAAAACCAGAACUGGAUUCGUAUUCUCAUAAAAGAGGGCGUUUACAUAGAGAAUGUAACAAUACCAAUAGGUAAAGGAUACAUAUAUCUGCAAGGCGCAGGAAUUGAGAAGACGACAAUAGCUUACGACGAUCAUCAACUCACCAACACUAGCUCCACUUUCACUUCCUAUCCUGACAAUAUCAUUAUCUCUGGAAUAACUUUUAAAAAUACGUAUAAUAUCGGAUUGAUAACUUCUUCAAACAGACCGAUUAAACCGGCGGGAUGUACGUUAAAUUUAACGUUGGGAAUCUACGCACCGGAGAGAAUGUACGGAACAAUAACAGCGCAAGGAAGGGAAUCGCCGGAAGAUAACGGAGGGUUCGUGUUCAAAGGCUGCACCAUUACCGGAAACGGCAAAACGUUACUUGGGCGAGCGUGGAAACCUUACGCACGUGUCAUCUUUUAUAGUUCAACGUUUAGUGACGUAGUUUUGCCAAUUGGUUGGGAUGCUUGGACAGCUAAAGGCCAAGAGAGCCAUACAACGUUCGUGGAGUAUGGUUGCAGCGGAAGUGGAGCUGACACGUCGCAAAGAGUGCCAUGGAUGAAGAAAGCGAGUGCAAUAAACAUUGUUAGCUUCACCGAUAUUUCCUUUAUUAACCAGGAAGGUUGGAUUAAUAAGCUCCCUAUGGAGAGACGCGUCGGGAACGCCUUCCCCGGUCAACCACCGCCACCAGUUCCGUACUAUCAUAACAACAACAACUACAACCCUCACCAUCACCAGAUUCAUCCGCCUCACCACCAUAUCGCCGCCGUUGGAUUCCACCAAUACCCCCAAAACGACAACAGAGAUCAGCGUUUCAACCAGCCGCAUUUUGAUAACCAUUACCCCGCCCAACAACAACAACAACAGCACAAUAUGAUCGUUGACGCUCCGCCGUUUCCACCGACUAGUGGCUUUAGUCCUUCUCCUGUCAGCUUAAGGAAGAGACGCUCUCUGUCCUCUACCCCAGAUCCUAGUGCUGCUGAUGGUAGUAUUGCCAAGUUAUAUGUUGCGCCGGUCCCGAAGACAGCAACUGAAGAAGAUGUCCGUCAGGUGUUUGAAAAAUAUGGCAAUGUCACGGAGAUCAUUCUUCCCAAAGAUAAGAAUACCUGUGAACGAGCAGCUUACUGUUUUGUAAAGUACAAAAAGUUAGAAGAGGGUAGUGCCGCUAUUGCAGCUUUAACGGAUCAGUACACCUUUCCUGGGGAAAUGGCUCCAGUCAAGGUCAGAUAUGCCGACGCAGAACGUGAACGGGGUUGCCAACAGCUCAAACUCCAGAGAAACUCUAUGUUAGAUGCCUCAACAAACAAACAACAAAAAUGGAUGUCCAUGAGGUACGGAAUCAUUGAAGAUAUUUAUAUGGCACUCGAUGACAUGAAGAUUAGCCGUGGGUAUGCAUUUGUUCAGUUUCUUCGUAGGGAGAUGGCACUAGCGGCAAUCAAAGGUUUAAAUGGAGUCUUUACCAUGCGGGGUUCUGAUCAGCCUCUGACUGUUAGAUUCGCAGAUCCUAAAAAGCCCCGUCUAGGGGAACCAAGGUCUAACUUUAACGCUCCACCUGCAAUGCAACAGUUCGACCAAAAUUGGCAUCCACAACCAUAUCCCCAGUGGGGAAACAACGAGCCUAGAGCCGCUCAGCAUCAUGAUUUCGCUUCACAGCCGAAUCACUUCCCGCAGCAAAAUGCUCAAGCAGCAUCCGAGGUUCAUCAAGAUACUCCACCUCAAAAUUCUGAGACUGCCAUCGCCGAGACUAGAGGCGAUGGUCAGAAGAUUUCUAGCCAGUCAAACGCAUUCCCUGAAGACCAAAAUACAGUGAGCCCUGAGUGUGACUGGAGCGAACACACUUGUCCUGAUGGGAACAAGUAUUACUUCCAUUGUGUCACUUGCGAAAGCACGUGGGAGAAACCUGAGGAGUACUCCAUGUUUGAGAGAUGGUUCGACGAGCAAACAAGGCAACAAGAUGAUAAGCUUGUAUCUCCGCCGUUAAACAAUCAGAGCCAAGGGGAAAUCGAAGAAAACAGUGAGCAACUUCAGUCUCAUCCAAUGCAACAGACUACCAAACUCCAGCAACCAUCCUUAUCCACAGCGGAUGAGGAGAAGAAUUUAGUAUAUCCGUUAACUUCUUCAGGACUCGGAGCAUUUGGUAAA